UCUAGAAUCCUUCUCUCGGCUUUGACCUUGAAGGAGUCUGUUGUCCGCAAGAGUGGUUCCCAUGGAAGGAAGAUGAUCCCCUUAUCAAAGAGGUGGGCCACGAGCCAGGAGGAGGAAGUUGGAGCAAAGUGCUCACAGCGUUGCUGGCCUUUGGGGACAAGAGAGCAGUACUUCAGACAAGAUGGGGAAAGAGGCCGAGUCCCGGGAGCAAGUUAGCGUGGGCAAGCUCAGACAUGGGUACCUGAUCUUACAGGUGAACAAGGUGAUGUCCAUCUUGUUUUAUGUGAUAUUUCUCGCGUAUCUCCGUGGCAUCCAAGGUAACAACAUGGAUCAAAGGAGUUUGCCCGAAGACUCGCUAAAUUCCCUGAUAAUUAAGCUGAUCCAGGCAGAUAUUCUGAAGAACAAGCUCUCCAAGCAGAUGGUGGAUGUUAAGGAGAAUUACCAGAGCACCCUGCCCAAAGCAGAGGCCCCCCGCAAGCCGGAGCAGCGAGAGCCCGCCAAGUCGGAAUUCCAGCCCGUGAUUGCAACGGACACGGAACUGCUGCGGCAACAGAGGCGCUACAGCUCGCCCCGGGUCCUGCUGAGUGACAGCACCCCCCUGCAGCCCCCUCCCUUGUAUCUCAUGGAGGAUUACGUGGACAACCCCGUGGCCGCAAACAGAACGUCACGGAGGAAGAGGUACGCGGAGCACAAGAGUCACCGAGGGGAGUACUCCGUAUGCGACAGCGAGAGUCUAUGGGUGACCGACAAGUCAUCGGCCAUCGACAUUCGGGGACACCAGGUGACAGUGCUGGGGGAGAUCAAAACCGGCAACUCUCCCGUCAAACAAUAUUUUUAUGAGACACGAUGUAAAGAAGCCAGGCCUGUCAAAAACGGUUGCAGGGGCAUUGACGAUAAACACUGGAACUCUCAGUGCAAAACGUCCCAGACCUACGUCCGAGCACUGACGUCAGAAAACAAUAAACUUGUGGGCUGGCGAUGGAUACGGAUAGACACCUCCUGUGUGUGUGCCUUGUCGAGAAAAAUCGGAAGAACAUAAAUUGGCAUCUCUCCCCAUAUAUAAAUUAUUACUUUAAAUUAUAUGAUAUGCAUGUAGCAUAUAAAUGUUUAUAUUGUUUUUAUAUAUUAUAAGUUGACCUUUAUUUAUUAAACUUCAGCAACCCUACAGUAUAUAAGCUUUUUUCUCAAUAAAAUCCGUGUGCUUGCCUUCCCUCAGGCCUCUCCCAUCUGUUAAACCUUAUUUUGUGACCCGGCUCUCGGGAGCCGCUCUGUAAAAUCUAUGUACACCAGUAUUCUGCAUUCAGUAUUUGUCAAGGCCAUGACUGUCGUUUUAGUAAACUUGUUAAAAUCA